CAUAAACCCUGGCGCGCUGGCCGCCCGGCACUCUUCUGGUCCACACAGUCCCAGAAAGAACCCACCAUGGUGCUGUCUCCUGCCGACAAGACCAACGUCAAGACCGCCUGGGGUAAGGUCGGCGGCCACGCUGGCGAUUAUGGCGCCGAGGCCCUGGAGAGGAUGUUCCUGUCCUUCCCCACCACCAAGACCUACUUCCCCCACUUCGACCUGAGCCACGGCUCUGCCCAGGUCAAGGGCCACGGCAAGAAGGUGGCCGACGCGCUGUCCAACGCUGUGGCGCACGUGGACGACAUGCCCAACGCGCUGUCCGCGCUGAGCGACCUGCACGCGCACAAGCUUCGGGUGGACCCGGUCAACUUCAAGCUCCUGAGCCACUGCCUGCUGGUGACCCUGGCUGCCCACCACCCGGCCGACUUCACCCCUGCGGUGCACGCCUCCCUGGACAAGUUCCUGGCUUCCGUGAGCACCGUGCUGACCUCCAAAUACCGUUAAGCUGGAGCCUC